AUGGCUGCUGCCAGCAGUAGUAAGCAGACUCGAGACCUGGCCAGAAUACUACUACCACUGCUGACUUCCCCGAGGAACGAGACCGCCGUCUCCAGCAGCUGGCAGACGACGCAAGAAAAGAGCCAACCCUUGUUCGCUUUCGAGUGGCAUGAUCCGGAGGGGGGCUACAGUGGGCAACUCACCUGGACACGGCUACCUCAGGGAUUCAAAAAUUCACCCACCAUCUUCGACAAGGCACUACACGAGGACCUGGGUGAGUACAGAAGGGAGCACCCUGGCCUCACCCUUCUACAGUACGUAGAUGACAUCCUGAUUGCUGCCGACACGGCCAAAGACUGUGAGCGAGGGACCCAGGACCUGCUGGCUACCCUGGGGGCCUUAGGGUACUGGGCAUCUGCGAAGAAGGCUCAGAUAUGCAGGGAGAGGAUUCACCAACAGGACACCAAAAUAGAGCAAGUUGUAUCUGCCUGCAAGACCUGCCAACUCACCAACGCGAGAGCCACAUCGAAUAAAAAAGGAACCAGGCUCAGAGGCACCAGACCGGGAGCCCACUGGGAAGUCGACUUCACUGAAGUCACACCAGGAAAGUAUGGUAAUAAAUAUCUUUUAGUAUUUACAGACACCUUCUCUGGUUGGGCAUACCCAACCAAGCAUGAAACGGCUCAGACGGUGGCUAAGAAGCUACUAGAAGGCAUCUUACCCAGGUAUGGUUUUCCUGCCAUGGUAGGAUCAGACAAUGGACCAGCUUUUAUCUCACAGGUAACACAGGCAGUAGCCAAGGCGGUGGGGGCAAACUGGAAAUUACAUUGUGCUUAUAGGCCCCAGAGCUCAGGACAGGUAGAAAGAAUGAAUAGAACCCUAAAAGAGACCCUUACCAAAUUAACCAUGGAGACUGGCGGGGACUGGGUGACUCUCCUACUGUAUGCUCUUUACCGGGUUAGAAACACUCCUUACACUCUGGGUUUUACUCCCUAUGAGAUCAUGUUUGGCAGGCCACCCCCUGUUAUUCCCAGCCUUCAAGCUGAACUUAUUGCUGAGUUUAAAGAUCAAGAACUUUUUCUUUCCUUAAGAGGGCUGCAGAGGGCGCACGAGGACAUUUGGCCGCGCCUCCGUGCCAUCUACGAGGCUGGCCAGACCCCGACACCUCAUCAGUACAGGCCGGGAGACUGGGUCUACGUCAAGAGGCACCUCCGAGAGACCCUCGAGCUGCGCUGGAAGGGACCCUACAUCGUGGUGCUGACAACCCCCACCGCUCUCAAAGUAGACGGCAUCGUGACCUGAGUCCAUCACACCCACGUUCAGCCAGCGGACCCCUCCUCGAUCCGGAAGGACUUCGUCACGCGAUGGGCCGUCAGUCGGGACCAACACAACCCGCUCAAGCUCAAGCUACAGCACAUUUGACCCACCUAAUAUUGGUAACUCUGUUAACUCUGCUUGUCAUUGCUCAUGCUGCCGGGAGUCCCCACGCCCCCCAAAACAUCACCUGGCAGAUCAUAGACACCAGCUCGGGGACAAUACUUAAUCAGACCUCCCAGAACCACCCCAGGGACACUUGCUUCCCAGAACUUUGCGUAAACCUCCAAACUCUGUUCCCCUUGUCACCAUAAAUGCAGCCGGUCCCUUGAUUGGGUCCCUAAGCUACAUGACAAGGGGGGGAAUGAAAGGGCGGGCCUACGCUGGCCAACUCCAUCUUGUUCUGUGUCCUCCACCUUGAGUGACUAUGUCCCCGACAUGACCCCUUUUCUGGGAAAAUCGCAGAAACCUCAGAUCGCGCCUCCUCCCCUUGAGUAACCUCCCGCUCACCCGUUCAAACUUCCUGAUCAAAACACGCCCAGCGACCUGCGUAACAGGACUCCAACCCUUCCCCAGCCAAUCAGCUGAGGCCACGACCCUUCCCCA